CCGCACGGCAAAACAGUCAUGAGCAGGCCAUGGAGCCGGCGAUAGAUUCUCGUCCGCGACUGUGUAUCUUCGUGUUGGUCUCCGCAGUAGCAUCGGCAGGCCAGCAGCAAUGAUGCCGGUCUAGUAGAUUGGGGAGACCAGUAGCUCCACUCGAGCCGAGCUCGCAGAUUGGAACAUUCGAACCAACCGACGAAGGGGGAAGAGAGGGAGAUUGUAACGUUGCUAUCAGACGCGGACCCGGAUUUAACGUACCGACCGGCCACAACACAUCUGCAAGGUACGCGUUGAAGCACUGUGAUGCAAUAUCCGUUGCUCUAAGGGGUAAAGGUCGUGAUAUCCCGGUUGCUACCUUGUACAAUCGCAUACCGCUUCAUUUCCUCCCCCUCCCGUGGAUGCUAGGUUCCCCUCAUCGGUUUUCGUUCAACAUACCCCGCGCCUACGCAUUGGGCCAUCGUGCCAUGUCUGCUACAGCCGCCGGUAUUAUCAACAUGGAGAUGCUUAUAUAUCCCCAUGAUCCAAUCGAAUGGGAGUUCCUUUUCACCAACUCACCAUCGUGACGGAGAAGUUGACAUACCUCGACCUUCGCGAUGCGCUUCACACCCAUUCUCGCCUUUCUCGCCUCCAAGGCGGUGGCAGACUCCCUCCCCGGCCUCCCGACGGCUCCCUACACGCCCACAGGGGGCACUCUCCCCUCCGCCUCCCUUACCAGGAUCAUCGUCUCCUCCGAGUUCGCGGAAUUCGUCGACGACGCAGGCCAAACCCUCAUCCCGCCGACUCUGCAUUCUUUCGCCACUACCUUCGCCUCGGACCUCGCUUCUGUUGUGGGCCUUGACAUCCCCGUCGAGCUCGGCGCCACUGCGGAGCAGGGAUCGAUAUUCUUGACCCUCGGUGAUGCGAGCCUCUACAAGGACGCUGCCGGUCGUGAGACUUCUGAGGGGUAUUCGCUGAACGUCACGGUCGACGGCGUUUUGAUCUCGGGCGCGAGUCCCUUGGGCGUUUGGUGGGGAACCCGGACCCUGCUGCAGCAACUGGUCCUCGACGGCGGGGAGGUGAAGUUGGGCUACGGGGUCGAUAGCCCUGGAUGGGGGAUCCGGGGGAUGAUGCUCGACAUCGCCCGCCACUACUACCCUCCCGACUUCCUCGUCGAAAUGUGCGCCUACAUGUCCUUCUUCAAGCAAAACACCUUCCAGCUGCACCUCAGCGACAACCUCUACAACAACGUCGCAAUCUACUCCCGCGAGCGCUCUCUCUCACUCUACGCCGCCUUCAGGCUGCUGUCCGACGACCCGGCCCUCGAGGGCCUCAACAGGCGCGCCAACGAGUCCUACACCCGCGACGUCUUUGACGACAUUCAGGCCCGCUGCGCCGCCCGGGGUGUUACCGUGCUGCCCGAGAUCGAGACGCCGGGUCAUGCGCUGGUCAUUACGCAGUGGAAACCCGAGCUCGGUCUGCAGAGCGAUUUGAGCCUGUUGAACAUUUCGAACCCGGAGACGAUCCCCGUCGUCAAGAAGAUCUGGGAUACCUUUCUGCCGUGGUUCCACACCAAGACGGUGUCCAUUGGGGCGGAUGAAUACGUCGAUCCAACGUUGAGCGAAGAGGCACUGGUUGGGGAAUACACGCGUUUUGUCGACGAAAUGAAUGAGCACAUCACGAGCACGUCCGGGAAGCACGUCCGCAUCUGGGGAACGUUUGCGCCCUCGGUAGGCGGCAGCGUUAACAAGUCGGUUUCGAUCCAGCACUGGGCCAACUUCGAAGCCAACCCGCUCUAUGAUUUCGUCAACAACGGUUACGACGUGCUCAACUCGGGCGAGUACAUCUACACAGUCGGGAAGUGGUCACAGUGGUACGGCUCUACAUUGAGCCUCGACUUCAUCUUUCACGGCUCGCCCGACGGAUCAGCCUUUGCGCCCAACAUCUUUGAUCGCGAAAACGCAACCAAUAACGCUGCGAUGGACAGCCCUUCGCUUCUGGGGCAUAUUGCGCCUCAGUGGAAUGAUUACGGCCCAAACGCAACGACGGUGACCGAGGGAUAUUACCAGUGGCGUGACGGAUUGCCCGCGCUCGCGGACAAGCAGUGGGGAGGCGACGUCGCCGAGGCCGAUUACCCAGGCUUGUUUGCUGCGCUGCAGCCUCUCGUGCCGGGCCAGAAUCUUGAUCGCAGAGUCGCGUCAAAGGGAUCGACAAUCUUGGAAUACGACUUCAAGCAGGGACGCGGGAGCAAUGGUACGGUCCAGGAUCUGUCAGGGAAUCAGUACCAUGCGACGUCGACAUGUGUCGCUAGCGACGAAGGCGCCAUUCUCACGCCCUCGUGCCAUAUUAAGACCCCGCUGGACCAAAAGGGGCGCAACUACACCCUCUCAUUUUCCAUCAAGCCCACGUCGGAUGCCAAGGGGGCCAUCUUCAGCGGUGGAGACAGCGGGCUCUGGUUCGGCAACGGGACAGUGAGCGCCGUCAUGCUCUUCUCGGGAGAGAGCACGUACGCGCUCAACUACACGUUCCCCGUGGGGUCAUGGACGAACGCGAGCCUCAUCGGCAGGGGCAGACAGACGUUCCUGGACGUUGGGGCGGGCGAGCCCAUGGAGUUCUUAACCGUCAUGGGGUGGAAUGGGGACCGGUUUGUGUGGGCGCCGAUUGCAGUGGAGGCGCCGCUGGCAACGGUUGGUGGCAGUGGGUUUGAGGGCGUUAUCGGCGGGAUGAAGCUGGUUGACGAUGCCUAGAUUGGCCUUGUCGUGGUCCGACAGGCUCGUGUAGUUGUGGUUGCUCGCCCGGCUUCGGGAUGCUAUCCCGCUCGAAAUAAGCUGCGGCGUUGCGUUGCGUUCCUUGGGGAUGGAAAUUCGAUCUCAUGCGGGACAGAGUCGACUGAGUCGUAUUGCAUGACAUGGAAGUGAUAACACACCGCAUCGUGAGGCUUCAGUUUGGCCACGACCGCGACUUCAUCUGUGACCCGACAAUCGUCAACUUAGUGACAGGACACUCAUCA